AGGAUCACAACCUGCUCAUGAAUGUCAGCAAGACUAAAGAGAUGAUAGUGGAAAAAAAUGGGAUUGGAAAGUGAUUGAAAUUGAAAUAAGUACUUGAUUAAAUGUACAGUAUUUAAUUGGGUACCACAAUGAUGCGUUGGAUGGCAUGGAUGUAUAAUAAGACCGGAGAUUUUGCUGCUGGAUAUGCUAAUGUUACAACCGAACUCUUGUAGGCUACACUUCCCUGGAGUGAACGACUACCACUGCAAGGCAACUUCAAUUAUGUCCACAAUGUCUGAACUUUUUAUGGAGUGUGUUGAGGAGGAGCUGGAGCCGUGGCAAAAACAAGUUCCUGAAGUUAACUUGAUAGAUGAUGAUGAUGAUGAUGAUGAACCCAUCUUCGUUGGAGUACUCUCUAAUAACCAGAAGGAUGGUAAGCCUAACCCUCCACCUCCUCAGAGAGACAAUGCAGGGAAACAAGAAGUAAAGCCUCCUGCUCCUCAGCCUGCCAUUGGCUCCUCGCCAGUGAUGCUGCCAUUGAGUGUGGCUGGAAAUGCAGUAAAUACUGCAGCACCCAAUCUGACAACAGUGACCCCCCAUCCUGUUAUCAUCAAUAACCAGGGUUUCAUUGUCACGUCUCCACAAUUGGCAAACAAUCGUGAGUUCAUUGCCUCUCUUGGGAGCCAGUACCCUCCUGGGACUUCCUUUACAAUUGUACCAGCUAGUCAGCAGCAGCUUUUUCAGCAGGUCACUUCAGCCACAGUAAUGCCUCGUGCCGUCCACAGGCCUCAGGUGCAACAAAUUAGCAACAAUGUUGUGACGUUGUCUAACGUGCAGAGUCCGGCUGUGUAUUCAGCACAAUCUCACCAGCUGCAGCUCAUCCAGUCCAACUCACAAUCUCUCCAGACCUUUUCUGUGCCUGUAAAGGCCAAUAACAAUAACCGAGAUCAAAGUUUAGUCAAACUAGGAUUACCACCACGGCCAAUAGAGAGCGCAGCAAAAAGACCCAAGCUUGAUUUGGGGCCAGCAAAAGUAAUUGCCCCUGUGGAAAAUGGGAUUUUAAAGAAAAAGUGCCCAAAGUGUCAAGAAGAAUUCCUUACACAGGAGGCCCUGAAAUUUCAUAUAUUGAGCGGCUGUGCAGUUGUGGAAAGUACAGCUCCAUCAGCCCUGAGCUUUGUUGCAAACAAGCGCAUCAUGCUGGUCUCAGACUUCUACUACGGACAGUUUGAGGGAGAUUGGGACAAGAAGGAUGGGCAGAAGCCCAAUACUACUUUCAAGUGCCAGAGCUGUUUGAAAGUUCUGAAGAACAAUAUCAGGUUCAUGAACCACAUGAAGCACCACCUGGAGCUUGAAAAACAGAACAGCGAGAGCUGGGAAAGCCACACAACUUGCCAGCAUUGCUACAGACAGUACAUGACUCCAUUCCAGCUGCAGUGCCACAUCGAGAGCGCUCACAGCCCAAUCGAAUCCUCAACCAAUUGUAAGAUAUGUGAGCUAGCGUUUGAGUCAGAGCAAGUUCUCCUGGAACACAUGAAGGACAACCACAAGCCUGGGGAAAUGCCCUAUGUCUGCCAGGUCUGCAAUUUCAGGUCGUCUUUCUUCACGGAUGUGGAGACGCAUUUCCGAAGUGUCCAUGAAAACACAAAAGAUCUGCUCUGUCCCUUCUGUCUCAAAGUUCUUAGAAGUAGUCAUAUGUACAUGCAACACUACAUGAAACAUCAGAAAAAAGGGAUCCAUCGCUGUGGAAAAUGCAGACUGAAUUUUCUCACAUACAGGGAGAAAGUGGAUCACAAGACUCACGUCCACAAGACUUUCAGAAAACCUAAAGCCCUGGAAGGCCUUCCUCCAGGAACAAAGGUGACCAUUCGAGCCUCCCUUACAGGAAAGACACCCACAUUGGCGACCUCCCCUGAUCAAUCUGGCUUUGUUGUCAGUCCAGAAACACUAAGUUUCAACCCGCAAACCAAACCUCCAGUCAGUCUAUCCAAAUUUAAGUCAAACAGCUCUGGAGCAGGAAAAGCCAAGACGACUCCAAGCAAGAAGCAAGAUAGCCGGAAUACUACCAAGCACAAUCUGGCGCUCAGGAAUCUCAGAGUCAAUGGAGGGCGGUUCACUUGCAUUGAGUGCAACACACGAGUUGAUCACUUCUUUUCUCAUUUCCCAAUGCUUUCGAAUUGUGGUGCAUGCAAAUAUCGGACAAGUUGCAAAGUCUCCAUUGGGAAUCAUAUGAUAAGAUUCCAUAGUACCAUAACCAAAAACAGAUUUUUGAAAAUGGAUCAUAAGAAAUGUCCAUCUGCAUCAAGAUUUACCCUGGUCUGUCUGAACUGUGACCUCCUCGCAGGCGCAUCAGGCGGUGACCUGAUGACCAAACAUUUAACUGAUAGACCAAAUCACGUAUGCAAAGUCAUUCAGGAGAAAGCAGAUAACAAAGCCAAAGAUCGAGUGCAUCUCGUCUUGGGGCAGCCAGCAAAAGUUGUGUACGUCUUGACUUCAGCGCCUUCUCAAAGACCAAAAGAAAUGGACUUGAAACCAAUUGAAAGUGUCACAUCUGAAAGUGUUACUCUCGCCACUGUUGACAAACUACAACCAGAGCCGAUGUUACCAGCAGGUGAUCAGGAAAAGGGUUCCACAGAAACAAGUUUUGUUGAAGGUUCCUCUGAAGGACACUUAAAGCAGUCGUCACUGCCCGCUUUAUCGUCUUGCUGUACAUCAGACGGGGAUUUAGAUCUCUGUGAAGAGUCUGUGGGUAACUCAGAGAGCCAAGAUGUCAGAGAGCAGCUCCCUGAACAUGAGACUAAGGAACAACAUGUCAUAGAGCAGCUCCCUGAGCCCGAGACUAGGGAACAUGUCAUAGAGCAGCUCCCUGAACAUGAGACUAGGGAACGUGUCAUAGAGCCGCUCCCUGAGCCUGAGACUAGGGAACGUGUCAUAGAGCCGCAGCCUGAGCCUAGGGAACGUGUCAUAGAGCCGCUCCCUGAGCCCGAGAAUAGGGAACAUGUCAUAGAGCAGCUCCCUGAGCACGAGACUAGGGAACAUGUCAUAGAGCCACUCCCUGAGCAUGAGACUGGGGAACAUUUCAUAGAGCCGCUCCCUGAGACAGAGACUAGGAAACAUGUCAUAGAGCCGCUCCCUGAGACCGAGACUAGGGAACAUGUCAUAGAGCAGCUCCCUGAGCCCGAGACUAGGGAACAUGUCAUAGAGCCGCUCCCUGAGCAUGAGACUGGGGAACAUUUCAUAGAGCCGCUCCCUGAGCACGAGACUAGGAAACAUGUCAUAGAGCAGCUCCCUGAGCCUGAGACUAGGAAACAUGUCAUAGAGCCGCUCCCUGAGACCGAGACUAGGGAACAUGUCAUAGAGCCGCUCCCUGAGACCGAGACUAGGGAACAUGUCAUAGAUCAGCUCCCUGAGCCCGAGACUAGGGAACAUGUCAUAGAGCCGCUCCCUGAGACAGAGACUAGGAAACAUGUCAUAGAGCCGCUCCCUGAGACCGAGACUAGGAAACAUGUCAUAGAGCCGCUCCCUGAGACAGAGACUAGGAAACAUGUCAUAGAGCAGCUCCCUGAGCCUGAGACUAGGGAACAUGUCAUAGAGCCGCUCCCUGAGACCGAGACUAGGGAACAACAAACUAAAUCAGAAAAUCUGUACAUCAACUAAACAAUGUACAUGAAACAUGAAGAUAACCGCUUUAUCAGUCAUACCUCAGCAUUGUUUCUUUUAUAAACAUAUGAUAAUGUUGCUUUGGCUACUAAUCCCCUCAAGAUUUGUGUGUUUGACAAGUCAAUUUCAACAGGAAAAAAUAUUUUAAAUUUCUUUUUUUUUCUUCUCUCAAGCUUCCAUUGCCUAAAUAGAUAUAAACUAUCUUUGUAUUUAUGAAUAAAAAAACAUCCACCAAAGUUUCUUAGUUGCCCCAUAAACUAUGUAGAUAAGGAAUUUGCAUAGUUAUACUUUCAAACAUCAGAAAUGGAACUGAUGAUUGUUGCUCAUUUUGUUUUUCUUAAAUUCUUUUUAAAACUGUUCGAUGUUGUCCUUUUAAAAACCCCAUCUGGCAUAAAGAGGACUGUAUUAGGCUCCGAUCCUGAUCCCCGGUGGCAGUUCCGAUGAUUUGCCUAAAGGGGCUGUACUUAACAUUCAGAACAUUAAUGUAGAACAGGGGUCACCAACACGGUGCCUGUGGGCACCAGGUAGCCCCCAAGGACCACAUGAGUAGCCCUCAGGCCUGUUCUA